AGAAAGGGAACCCAAUAUAUUAAAAAGCAUAAAAAAAAAAAAAAAAAAAAAUUUCUUGGUCUUGGGGGUGGUAGUAGAACUAGUGUAUGGUCUUGCACUCUCUCUCUCUUUCUUCCUUUCUUUCCUUCCCUCUGUGAAAUCUGACCUGUGAAAGAUCACUUCUGGGUCUGAGUGCGUGAGUGGUCUUGCUUUUAAGCCAGCCAAAAAAAUCUUUCAGAGAGAUCAAAAUCUUAUCUUUUGCACCGAUGAGGAUCCGGAAGAGACAGGUGCCCUUCCCUCUCUCGUCUCUAUCUCCGGUUCCUCUCUCAGAUCCCCUCCUGAACCGGUCUCCGGUGGUGCAACUCCAACUCCACGACGCCACACACCCAAGACCCGCACACCCAGUUGGAAAUCUCACCCACCCGACCGAUAGACACGCCCACUUUGAUAAUCAGCCGUCUGAUCAGCCCAAUCAGCGUCCCUCGCCGAUCGGAGGAGGAGGCAGCGGCUUGGAUGGCUCUGAUGGCGCUGGUGGGGCACACAAGGCGGACAAGAAGAUGAAGAAAGAUUGUUUGGAGUUGUUGCAAGGGGAAGAUGAGAGAGGGGGCGAGGGAGAGAAGAGUAAUGAUAUCAGGAAGGGAGGCAUCCUGGGCGCACAAACAGUCACUUGGGUUCUUCCAGAAUCAACUGCCACCCAUCAAGCAUCUGUGAGAUGGUUUGAUGGAGAGAAAGCAUUCCCACCAAAGAAGAGAAGAAGUACAUUUGAGAGGAGAGCAAACGAGGACGCGAUAAUGGAGAAAGACAAGAAAAUGAAGACUAAGAUGAAGACAAAAAUGAACAAAAAAUGUGCCCAACAAAACGACAACGAAGAAGAUGGAGAGAAAGAAACAAAGGAGGGUGUGGAGAGUACCAAAAAGAGGGCUAGAGGUGGUGCACUUAUGGAGGGAUCUAGGUGUAGUCGUGUGAAUGGGAGAGGAUGGAGGUGUUGCCAACAGACACUUGUUGGGUAUUCUCUGUGCGAGCAUCACUUGGGCAAGGGAAGGCUUCGGAGCAUGACUAGCGUUCGAAGCCGAUCAUUGGCUAGCAGUGCGCCAAAGAUGGACGACGAUGAGCCAUCUGAUCAUCAGCUACUAUCGGCACCUUCGUCGCCGUUACUGCAGGAAAACAAAGCAAAGCAUUCUGUGUUAGAUAAUCAUGAUGAUCACGGUGAUGGUGAAGAUGAUGAAGAUGACAAGAAGCCGUUGAUGGUCACAAAGAAAAGAAUGAAGCUUGGGAUGGUGAAAGCGCGUUCCAUAAGCAGCUUGCUCGGCCAAACCAUUGUUCCGUGUCUUGAGCGAAAAAAUAACAAUUACGAAGGUUAAGGUUUGACGUUAUGCUUUACAACAUGGUGCAACUUCUUUCAAAUCUGGCCUAGCUAUUUUGUGUUUGACAUUAUUAUUAAUAACAAUUAAUGCUUGAGUAAUUUUAAGGUAUUUUUAGUUAUGAUCA